AUGGAACCGAGCGAGUAUGAUCAGGUGCUCUCCGAUCCCCAUCAAGUUCAUGAGCGUAUUAUUGGAAGCAAACUUGUUAUUGCGCUGGAACAGUGCAUGCUCUUCGUAACCUGGGGGGUGAAGGUCUGUCUGUUGAUACUCUACUGGCGGAUCACUAAGAAUCUGCCCUCAAACCUCUAUGUCAAGAUUCUCGCCGUUUAUGUGGCGCUUGGUUUCAUCGUGAUUAUGGUCACCUACUAUGCUGUGUACUGCCGACCCUUCUCGCAAUAUUGGGCGUUGCCAGUGUCAAAUUUGCAGUGCGCCACGUACCAACACUAUUCAAUCACACAGGCGGUUUUUGGAAUCUCAUCGGAUGCCUUUAUGUUUGCCAUUCCAAUACCACUUAUCAUCAAGGCGAGGCUUCCACCUCGCCGGAAGGUGCUGCUACUUUGCGUGAUGAGUUUAGGUCUUUUUACAAUCAUUGCCGCCAUCCUGAAUAAAUACUUCAAUUUUGCCUCUCCUCUGACUACCGUGUACCAGAUCUGGUAUAUCCGCGAGUCGAGCACUGCUAUCAUUGUUGCCAAUAUGAUGUGUUGGUGGCCGCUCCUCCGGAAGGUGUUUGGUGUGAGAGACCUCCCGUAUCAUAGCACCCCUGGAUGGCCAUCCCGGGGCACCAACAUGGAAAUCAAACCUUACUCGAAGACCGUUGGGUCACAGUCUUGUCCAUCCUUUUCCUCAACCCGCCCAUUUCGUCUCCCUCGACCCGGUUUACGCAGCUCAAAACAGAGUGCUACAUCCACCGGAAACAACAAGGCAAGGAACUCUAGCCAAGAAGCGAUUAAUCAAUCUACGAGUGAGAUGAUAGAGGAUCUGGAUCACGUGGAUGACGUUCCGCUCCAGGUUUGGGGCAAGGGUAACGAACGAGGCACGGAUAUUGAAAACAUCGCAAUCCAGGAAUCCAUCGCCAAGUUUGAACUACCGGAUCACCGCGCAGAGGUACCUUUUAGAGAUCGGAUUUAUUGUACCCGUGAGUUUGACAUCCGCUCUGACUCCAGGGCUGGACAACUCUCUUUAUGA